AUGCUGUGCUUCAGUCUUUUUCAUCCCUUAUGGCUACUGCUAGCAAUCCUUGGUGGAUCAAGCAUUGUCGUUCUCGGUGACCAAAUCAUUAUUGAUGAACCUCCUAAUGGAGCUGCCUUCCAUGCAGGUGCAACUAUUGACAUCCGAUAUCGAGUACGAUUCAAUGGGAUGGCCUCAUUAAACUCGGCGGCUGUAUCCAUUGCCGAAGCUGAUAGCAAGAGAGUGGUAUCAGUGUUUCCAAACGCAACAUGGGUGCGCACUGGCGAUGGCCCACGAUCAGCCCAUGAUGAAUGGGAAAUUCCAUACAAUAUGCCAAAUGGUUCAUAUACGAUGCUUGUCACAGGCCUUGCUAAUCAUCCAUGCUCGAAUAACGGAAGACCUCCUUAUAACCGUUGCAAUUCGACGCUUGAAUCAUCUGUAACCUUUAGUGUAAUUCAUUCAUAG